GUGAUGUGGCUCUCCUAAUCGACUGUCAAGAAAUGUCAGAAUGUGCAGCUUUAAUAUAAUAUAUAUUCUAAUAUGUAUAUUAAAUCUGUACACUAUUAAUGGAACCGAGAUAUCCGACAAACGAUUAUGCGUGGACAAGUUAUGUUCUGUACCCAUUUCCGUUGGAAAAACUACAAAUAAUUACGUGAGCCCUGAUGCAAGGAUUCUAUCAUUUGCCCGCAAUGUGAAAGUGAUAGUGUAUAGCUACCCAGCUGGAAAAAAUACCAGCUAUUUUUAUGUUGAAAUUGAUGGCAAGAAAGGUUAUGUACCAAAGGGCCAUGUAAGAGAAGUAGAGCUAUUAAAAAAACCCAAGAUAUUAGUUGAAACGGAAGUAUUCGAGGAGAAACCAAAAGUGCCUUCACAUGUCAGUGAGAUUCAAGUUGAUCCUGUACAAGAGGCAUUUGAAUUUGUUGAUGGUACCAAGAUUCCUAUUGAUCCACACAAUUUCGUUAAAUCUGGAAAUACAGGAGCUCUUCCAAGUGUUAGUAGUAGUACUGAGAGGACUGAGCCACUAGAAAAUAGUAGGAAAAUAGAUCGAAAAUUGGAAUCAAGAAAAAAUGAGGGAAAUGUUGAUUCUGGAAUUCAUGAACAGAUAGAAACAGAGGAAGAUUUUGAUGAUGAUAGUGAUGGAGAAGAGAAUGAUGACGACGAUGAUGAUGAAGAUGAACGUCCAAACACUGAAAAAUACAGUGACAGUGUCAAAAGUUUGACAGAUAUUCAAUCAUUUCAACCAGCCACCGAAGAUGUUUUAAAAAAUAAAAUAAUGCCACCAUCAGAUGUUGAGAAUAACAUAAAAAUAGAAUCUAAUGGCAAGGAAAAUAUAAUAGAUAAUACCAGUGACACAAAGGAAGCUAGUUUUAAAGAAGAUAGUACAGAUAAGGUGGAAUUAAUUUUAACAACUGAAGUACCUAUUUUAGAAGAGGCACUACCUCCUCUUGAGUUGGAUAAUGUUACACCAGACCCAAAUUUGAGUGCUGGUUUGGAAGAAAAAUUAAAAAGCAAAGAUACUGCUGAUGAUUUAAAUCAAGAUAGUGGUGGUGUGUUGGAGGCUAUAGGUGGUAAAUUGAUUGACAUAUUUAGUUCUGCCACUGAGAACAGAGUCAUGGAUAAUAAAGAGUCUGUCAAUGGAAGAACCCAUGAAGCAGAUGAAGAAAUAAUUAUUAAAUCAGAAGAUAUUAUAGAAAGCAACAAAAAACUUGAAAAUCAAAUGAAUGCUGAACACGUUUUACAGCCUGAUACUUUAGGGGAUGCCACAAAAAUUAAAAUUGAAGCAGAAAAUGUCACAUUAAAGGCAGAUAUUGAUCAAGGGGAAGAAGAAAACAAAGAAGAGACCAUAUUGCCUCCAGAUGAGUCUGAAGUAAUUAAACAAACUUUACCACAUAAGGAAGAAAUAAGUAGUUUAAAUUCCUCUUUAUUGAGUAAUAUUGAAACCAACAAAGAAAGUACUGUUGCUGAAAAUGAAAAAGUUUAUUUAUCUUCAAUUACGACACCUCAAAGGGAAAUAACUCCAUCUGCAUCAUUAGAGAUUCAACAAAACUUUCCUGAAUUAGAUCAUACAAUUCUAGAGUCUUCUAGACACAGUAAAGACGACUUUGGUGAAAAGAAAACAGACAAGAGUUUAAGUUUAUCAUCACGUAUAGAAGCCAUCCAAACUUCAAAUAAAGAAGAAAUUGAUAACACCAAAGAUGAUCAUCAUCUAGAUGUGUCUACACUUAAUCAAGGAAUAGAUGGACAUUCAACACUACCUGCAACUUCUGAUGUAACUUUCCCAUUUUUUGGAGUUAGUGAGGUAGAAGAAAAAACUAGCUCAGAUGAAGCAGUUGUUGAGAAUCUUGUGACGAAUGUUGAACAAAGUGUUACACAUAUAGAAGAAAAAGCACAUCAACUGCUAAGUAAAGAAUCUGCUUUUUAUAAAGAAGAGUUCUGUGAUAUAAGCAGUGAUAAUUGUCCUCCAAGUAAAAGUAAUAUUGAAAAUCUAAUAACAUCUGGCAGUAGCUUCAAUUUGGAUAUUAUACUGCAAGGUUUCAGCUCUGAUAUGUUCCUCUACUUGUCAACCACAGCAAUGUCUGUCAUCUUAUUUCUGUUUGGAUAUCUCCUGCUGGAUAAAUGCAAGCGUGAAGGUCCAUUGAUAGCACAUAUCAACAAACUGGAAAGGCAGUUGUUGACCACUUUAAAAGAGAACCAAAUGUUACAAGAAAAAGCAAGUCUUCAUAUUGAUCAGCAACCUCAGAUUGUAGCUGAACCAGUACCUAAUGAACAGACAACAGAAUUAAGCAUCAAACUUGCCGAGGCACUAAAUCGGAACGCCAGUCUUGAGGAUCAGAUUCAGGCACUGGAAAAAGAAUUAGAUAAUUCAACUGAAGUUGGUAUAGAAUUAAACAGGAUCAUCUCUGAGAUGUUGAACUCGACAGAUGGCAAUGAAAUUUUAAAAGAUAACAUCGAGCAGAUGCAGAAGAAAAUUUUGGAACAACAGGACACUAUCAACUCUAUGAACGAAAGUUUGAAUUUAAAAGGGACAGAGAUUCAUGAGCUACACCUGGAAUUGGAUAUUAGCAAUAAAAAAGUGGGCGACUUGCAAGUGGAAGUUGAUAAACUGGUUGAAAAGCUGUUAAAAAUUGAAGAGGAAAAAGACCAGCAACAGAGUAGUUUGGAGCAGGAGAUAGUCAGAUUGCAGCAAAGAAUUGGUGAAGCUGUUGGGAAGGAGAUUGGAUUCACUAGCGAGAUACAGUCAUUGAAUUCUCAACUAAGCGAGGCACAAAGGGCGUCUCAAAUUAAAACCAAAGAGUAUGACAUUUUAAAGGAGAGCCUUAAUGAAAUUAAAUCUACCAAAAAUAAAGGUGAAACAAUUAAGUCUUUAUUAGAAGUGAGUGAAGUAAAAGCGCAGCUCCAGCAGUUCAAAGUCGAGAAUUCCAAGUUUUUGGAGCAGUUGAGCUUAGAACGGGAGGCGAAUAUUGCUUACGCCGCGAGAAUCGAGAGCCUUUCACGCGACCUAAAUGAACUGAGACAAAUUUAUGAAAAGGCUGACAAAGAGAAGGUUGAAUCAUCCACAAAGCUCCAAGUGUUGGAUAAUUACUUCAAGGAAAAGGAAGAGCAAAUGCAAAAGGAAAUAGCAAAAUAUGAGUCACUUUGGGCAGUUAAAGAAGGAGAGGCCACAUCAACGACUGAACGAAUUCGAUUGUUGCAAGAGGAGCUUCAAAACUAUAAAGCCCAAAAUGAAAGCUUAAAACAGGAAAUUAUCAACCAAGAAGUCGAACUUAAGAGUCAAAUUUCUGUUUUGGAGAAGAAAAUUCAUGACAAUUGGGUAACAAGUAGGCAGACUGAGAGAAAGUUGGAAGAGGCUAGGCAAGAAGCAGCUCAACUCAGGAACCGACUGACAUUGAAAGAAUGUAGUCUCACUGAAGGAAAUAAUCCAAUGAGAUUGCAGUCGCCACUCCAACAAAACGGCGAACUUCCCCUCUCUCCGCCACCUUUAUUGGACGCCACCAUUUCUCCUCCACCUCCAUUGUUUAACGCAAGAGAUUUAACAAUGUCCCCACCGAUCCCGGGUAUGCCGCCUCCUCCCUUUUUGCCACCCCCACCUGGAGCUCCUCCUUUCAUGCCACCGCCUCUGGGAGGUCUACCGCCGGGCAUGCCACCGUUUAUGCCUCCUCUACCACAUGGCAUGUUCCCAGGCGACCAUCGACCUCCACCAUUGGGACGGAUGUCGUCACCACCUCCAUUAAAUUCGAGGUAUUCACCCGAUUCAGUCGCAUAUUCUGAAUAUGAUAGGUACGACAGGAAUACUCCAUCACCCAUAUACGACUCAGAGUAUGGAGUAUAUAAUGAUUACGAUAAUAGGUUAAGGGAUGAUAGGAGAGAAUAUAAGCGGCCACAGGCUAGGAGCAAUGGAAGAAAUUCUAAGGGUGUCCACAGUUCUGGUUCAGAAAACGACUCUUUGGGUAAAAAAGGGCGAAAGCCGGGCAAGAAAGUCUAGCGUUUCGCCUGUUGUUUUUAUUAUUAAAGUUAUGUCAUCGUCGUGGACUGUGAUGGUGGGGACUAAGUUAUAUCAAGUUGCCACAUGAAUAGUUGCUAUAGCUUCUACAUACUGGUAUCCUUGGUUUUUUCAUUACAUUGUGAAACAAUAUUUUCCUACUCUUUUAUGGUUUCAAUGAUAUUUUUUUAUUUUUUGUGGAUAUUGUAAAAAUUGUAUAAAGUGCUGUUGUAAUACAUUUAUUGAUCAUU